GUUUGUCAUUCGAAUGUGACGUAUGCAGUUCUUGUGGUUGGUGGAGUGACGUUUUCCAGGUUGCUCCAGCAGCGGCACAACUUGGUUCUUGUUUUGCGUUUCGCUUGGUCCGGUUCGCGUUUGUUACGUGCCCUAUAUCUCGGGCAAUUUGUUGUUUUUCGCAUUUUCAUUUUCAUCUUCCCCUGGACGAAUCGAGAAGGCUAUCAACAAGCGAAAAGUGGAGUCGCGAGAAAGCUGCUGGACAAGUGCAAUUCGAUUUUCGCGAAUUACGUUGAGUUUCGCACGACCGGGAUUGCAAAUUAUGGACCAUGGGCGGAGAGGAAAAGCUGGUAAAUAGCGACUAGAAACUGUUUAGUGGAGAAUCAAGUGGAAAUGUGGCCUUUUCUGGAGCCUUCGGGUGCCUGAAAAAGAUGGUGACUCGAGAUCGAAUCCUUUUGAGUUAGUGCGCGUGCACCCAGUCCAAGGUUUCUGUUGUUGCAUGGAAAAUCCCGAAAGUGAUUUGGGGAGAAGUUGGAAAAGUUGCUUUUUGGUGAAAGCGUGAAGUGUUGUGCAGUUUGUGGACGACCAAGUUCUUAACUUGUUAGUGCUCUGGAGUGUGCAGGACUGCAUGUGCAAUCUGGCCUAGACUGUGAACCAGGUGAGCGAAAGGAGUGAGUAAGUGACGGUGUCUUCCAAGGAAUAUUGCACACAAAAAGCGGGGAGAGCUGUUAAGGAUUGCGACACAGGGUGUUUGGAAGUGUAGCGUUGAAAGGCCUACUGAGAGGGGCUUGGAUCCUAAGUGAAGCAGUAGGAGCAGCGGAGUGGGUGGGCGGUUUCCGAACAGCUGAAUCGAUUUUGUGUGAUUUUCUGUUUCCUCUUUUUGCAACACGGUGAAUGUACGUAAUGUUUGCAUGCAAAACUGGUUGGUCGGCAAUCGUGUAGUAGUUGAAUCUCAUCAUCGAGGUCCUCCUAUGCCCGCCGUCUUGGUCGCGGCAACGAGAGCAUCCAAAAAGAUCGAGUUACAAGCACCGUGAUAUGGCGGAGUCGACCUCUGAAGCAAGUACUGUACUGGCUACGUCGAGUCGCAUUUGUAAUUAACGCUAUCGUCGUGUUUUCCAGCAGAGUAGCGAUAGCCAACCUGGACAGGCACAACGAUUUGAAGAUUCGGUUCUAUUUCGGAAACAGAAGCGAAUUCAACUGGUAGAUAAAUGGAUGAAUAUUGCGAACAAUAAUGUAUGAUUGGCAUCAAUUAUUAUUCGAUAUUUCUUCAGACGUGAUAUCAUCCUAGCAUAAGAGCAGUAGCAGCUGGUGUAGUAACGAUUAUCGGCGAAGGAUCUGAACAUUAAAGAAUCAAAUUCAAAAUCCACAAAUUAAAGAACUGUGUCAGUUUUAUUGCGGUAGAAUCUUAAUUGAGAUCUCGACAAUGGCGGCUGUUGUGUACGGUAACAGUCCUCGGCAUCAUAGUCGAAUGUCAAAUACCCAUCAUCUGCAGCAUUCAAAUACACUGCCUCAAUCGCAUCACUACAUGUCGGGAGGGGGUUCAUCAUCAGCAACUUCAAAUCCACAUCACCAACAGCCUCCUCCACUCAAUUUUGCUACGCAUCCUGUGCAAACACCUUCGAAUAGUCUCUUGCUCCCGCCUGCAUCAUAUUUAUCCACAGGCACCCCAAUGUCAUCAUCUUCGUUGCAACCGCAACCGCAAUCAUUUCCCUUUCAACAUUCGUCUGCUCAACCGCAGUCUUUUUCGCACUACCAUCAUUCAUCGGCGGCUGCUCUAAUCUACGCCGGACAACGACAUCAUAGCAAACGAAAAUCUGCAGUGGAACUAUUAGCAGAGAGCAAACCCCUUUAUGUGAAAUCUGAAACGGUUCUAGACCGACACCAGCAGUUUACGUAUCGAAGUCCGGGCGGGGGAGGAGGCGGAAGUGGUGGAGUUGUUGGGAGUGGAGUCUCCCCAAAUGCUCAAUGUGCACUAUCGCCUUCACGAAUCCAUCAUAAUCCGCAUCAUCGUUCGACUAAUCGUCGGAGUGCAUCAUCUAGCUCAGAUCUAUUGCAAACAAAACUUCGAAAGCUUCUAAAUGCCGAUGCUAAGGAUUAUGCUGUUCCCGAGAUUUCACGAUGUAAAUACGACACGAGUCAGAAGUACGAUACGUUUAGUAAAUAUCAAACUGUUAAGUAUAGUCAGGAGCUUUCCGUGAACGCUUCGGCGGACCAAAGUGAUGUAUCAGUUAUGUUUCCAAGCGCUUUUUUGUCGCCGCAGUCAUUGCCACCACAUCCUGCAUCGGAUGACGAUAUUUAUUCAUAUGGAAUCGAUGAUCCAUUAGUACUUACUGAUGAUUAUCGUGCAAUUAGUCCGCCGGCGGAAUAUGCUGCAGACAGUUCACCAGAGAAAACAUCAAAUAAUAGAUCCAACUAUCAACGCUCCUAUUCACAUUCCCAUGAAGUGACCUCAGAUGAUCCUGACUACUCAUCGCCUUCAUAUAACAUCAAUAGUCAUAAAUCUCUACCAGAUCUUCAUUCACAAAUUAGUCGACAUUCACCCCAUAGCGAAGCGUUAAGCUGCUGUAGUCGAGGCAAUCGAUCAAAUAAGUCGGGGGGCAGUUCAUUAAAUCGCGACUCGGGUGGUUCUUCGGGUCACUACACGCACCGUAGUGAGCCUUGCUGCAAGCAAAAAGAUCCUGUGAAAUUAUGUGCCCCUGCAGACUUCCGAAGAGAUAGUGGAUCUUCGACACAACAUAGUGGCAACUCGUAUUAUGCUUAUGGAAUGUCUUCAUCCCGCUACAUUGAUUGUCCCGAAUGUCGGGCUAAAUAUCAAAAAGAUUCUGAAUGCCUAUUAAAUUUCACUACUCCCGAAGUGCCCGAAGCAUUCCAGGAUGAUUAUCAAGAGCCAACUAAAACUAGUCGAUACCAAGAUGGGUCGAUUGCGCUCCCAGCCAAUCGACAAGCAUACUCUCAGCUUCAGCAAAGUUCACCUACUUCGAAAACGCCCGACGGUCUCCCGCCAAGUGGUGGAAUGACAAAAGAACCAGAAUUCAGUCCACCAUUAGGGACUUUUAAAAGACAAAAAUGCUUGCGAUUCAAACAUCGGAAUCGUUAUUCAUCAUCGAACGAUCGAAAUUCCUCGCGUGACGAUACCGAUGAGGAUCGUAAACCAAUUUUACGUUCAAAGAGUGAUAUAAGCGAUCGUUACUGGAAUCGAAUGGAUGCUUCGGGUAAGAUGCAUAUGGGAAUUGAUAAACGCGGCAAAGCGGAAAGUAUGUCGCAAUUGGAGAAAUUCUUUGAUCGUCUUGGUCUCAACGAUGAUAAAUUCGAUGAGAUAUACACGCCUAAGCGACGUCAUAGUGAUAAUGAAUCGGAUCAAUCGAGCACCGUGUUCUUUUCGGAUGUGAGUACAGUGGAUUCUACACGAUUACCGGAUAGUACAGAGACGAAUCCAAAUAGUCAAAACUAUCGGCCAACGGAGCCUCCUUCGAUUGUUGAACGAAACGCAAGAAUAAUAAAGUGGUUGUGUAAUUGUCGAAAGUUACAGUUAGUGUAACUUUAACUCGAAAAUUUAUAUUCUAAUUAACGACCAUUACAUGAUUUUUAUUAUCAAAUCAGUUGAAAGAAUGUUUAUGUGAUUGGACUUUUUCGUUGUAUAUUUUGUUAUUUUUAUAUUUUUUUUCUCGGCGACAAUAAGUAUUUCGUGGUUCGCGCAAUUCAUCAAUGUUGACAGACAAUCCGACAAUGAAACGAUGAGUAUUUAGGUAUUGAAAUAAAGAAAUAUAAAUCGGUCUUGUCAGAACUUAUAGUUUCUUGGCAACCUUUCUUUCAAUUGUUCUUUUGCAGAACACUGCCCUCAUUUCGCCAGACAAUUCAACAAUUCAAGUCAAUUCAACUUCGUCACGAAACUUCGAAUUAGUUUCGUUCAGAAUCAAAAGUUGUAAGGGGUUCAGAAUCAUCAGUUGCAUUAGUUGUGUGUCCCAUGCAGGCCAGGUGGCCAGGUCGCUACUCGCGUGAAACAAACUGGUGAAAAGUUUUGGCAAAGGAACUGGAAAAUGGCAGUUGAAUUGUCGGACUGACAAGAAUUAUAAAUGGAAAAUUCUGACAAAAGUGAUUUGUAUUUCUUUAUCACAUUGCUUACAUGGCCUUGAUUAAUUUGUAUAAAAUGAUUGGCAGUCUUUUUAUAAUAUAUUGAAAUAUCCAUUCAUGCCACUGCAAAAAAUUAGAGAUUUACUCAUAGUAAGAAAAGACCAUUAUAAAGACUGUCCUCACCGUUUAUUAUUUACAUUUUUUUUAAACUAAUUCAAAGAAAAAUUUUCGUGUUGGAUUCCACAAUUGAUUUCUUAAUUUUGAUCACGACGAAAUAAAAACUUAUAUUCUUAUGAUCCUCAACAGCAAAUAAAUUAAUUAUAUCCUUUCUUUGAACAACGUUUUGUCAUAAGUCUGCACAAUCAUUUUCUCCUCACACAUACACUUACAGGCGUAAUUUUUUAAAGACACUCACUGACUCUGAAUCAACCAAUAACCGAUGGCUCAUUCAAUAAAGCUCAAAUAUGAAUCGAUACUGAACAAAACUCUACAAGAAAGUAGUAAGUGGCUGAACUUUUUUCUACAUCUGCUCACACCUAAAACAUUAAUAGAAUGUACACCUUUUACUUACCAACUUUUUCGUAAUGUAACCAAAUAUUAAUUGAACAAUACGCUUAAUAUUAGUGAAGACAAAUAUAGAAGUGAAAUAAUAUUUAAUCAAUUUAAGAGGUAACCGAUAAAAAUAAAAGAAAAAAAUGCAUAAAAAAUUGAAACUGUAUUUUAAAAUAAAAUAGAUCUUAAGUAUUACAUAAAUAAUAGACCAGCAUAAUAUCUAAAGAUCUAACAUGUUGAGAUGUACACAUAUAUAUUACUGUAACUAUUGCAUACAUAAAGGUAUAUCGUAGCAGUAGCGAUUAACGAAAUCUAAUUUAAAAUGAAACAGAUUCUUAUUAAUUAUUCCAUUAACUGAAGAGAACCCCCUAGUUGAUAGAGCGCGUUUUUUGUCAUUAUACAUUGAAAUUGUUUCUAUCGAGCGUACGAACUUCGAAUUGAAGUGCAUAUUACUGAAUAGAAAUUAAAAAAUUCAUGCAUGCAUGAAAAUUAUUUGGUCGCGACGGUUUUACAUAGACAGAGAAAAAUGAAAUUAAAUUGUCAAGAAAAUAUUAUGUUUGUAAUUGUUCCUUCUAAUUAUACAAAAAUGUUAUUAUUGAAAAGUAAUUUUAUACCGUUAUGUCAUUACCAAUUGUUUUGUUACUGAAAAUUACAAUUUUCAGGAUGAAAAUUUUGUUAA